CUCUUCAAACCGCAAUCAUAACAGAUGCACGGGGAUGGGGCAGUGCUGCCAAACGUCGGUGCUCGUUAGCCGGCAGAGGAGAGGUCACAGGAGAAGCCUUAACGACGGGUGCGAAGGAGGAGAAAGCGUCGGGACCCCCUGGAGUUGCGUCUCUGCGUCCUUUGGAAGCUGCGCGAAUGGGGAUGACGGACAGGAGCUCGGUCUGUGUGACCUUGCAGCCUUGGCUUCACGUCUCUGAGCUCAGUCUCCUGAUCCGCAAAGCGGGGCCGUUCAGGGCCUUAAAGGUUUUAUUUCGGGAAGGUUCGGUUUAGCCAACAAAAGCUUCAUGAAUUGGGUUCUGUGCUGAACCGGGAGCGGGGAGUCACCAAAGCAACCCCAAACUCCUGCCUUCAAGUGACAGGAAACAAAUACAAUAUACAGUCCAUCAUCAUUGAUCAGGCCAAGGAGAAGAAUAUAAACCACUUUCUGACAGGGUAAUCAAGAAUUAUGUGAACAUCGCGAUAAACAAUAAUCGGUGAUUGAUUCCGACCCUGCCGGCUGUGCAGAGCUUGCCACUGGGCUGCGGGCAAGGUGGCACAGAUGGAAGCUGCUCUGUGCUCUGUUGUGGAAGCAGCUUUGCUUAAUGUCCAUGAGGUGAGUGGCAUGGACAGCCAAGGCCGAGUUUAGAGGAGGCCAAGGUCUCCAAGAGUAGAGUGGUCAGAGGAGAGAAGAGGAAAGACAAGAGGAGCCAGUCCAGCACUCAGAAGGAUCCUGAGUUGGAAGCCAGCCUGGACUACAUAGUCCUGCUGCAGUGAGGAGACAAUGGGGAAAUGACUCAGAGAUGUUUGGCCUUUGUGGCCUGCCCUUUGGUUUACGACAGCCACCUCAGCAGCACUGACCUUUGCCUCCAGGUGAUUUCCCCAUCCUUUGAGUGGAGGCACCAAAGCUAGUGGCUUGCAGACCAGUAAUAGCCUCCAAAACCAUGGGGACCAGCCAGCGCAGUCAGUCCUUCCAGGAACCCAGGUCCUGCUAUGGGAAGCUCCACGAAUCCCAGGGGAGGUCCCGGGAAGGCCGACUCCACCGGGCACUGAGCCUCAGACAGAGCCAUGAAAAGUCCAGGUCGCAGGGCCUUGAUGGCACGGAAGGUCUGGAGGUCCCUGUUCAGGAGCGGCUGCCAGGGACGUUGGGAGACACAGAGCAGCUGAUCCAAACCCAGAGAGGAGGCAGCCGGCGGUGGCUGAGGCAGUACCAACAGCAGGUGAGGAGGAGGUGGAGGAGCUUCGUGGCCAGCUUCCCCAGCGUGACCCUGAAUCGACCAGCCCCCUCAGAGACCUCGUUGGAUGCCAACAGCUAGAGCUGCUGUGACUGUCCUCGCUCUGUCGGCUGGACUCCUGUGUCUCCUCAUCUGCCUCUUCAUGUAGUUCUAGACUCUGACCUGUUCUGUCUUGUGACCCAAGGAAGCCUCUGUCAGCAGAUCAUACAAGGCCCCGCCUGGGUGCCAUUCUUGGCUCUGGCAGCUAACUCUUAGCAAAGACCUCCAUAGGCCUGAGGAGAAGGCCUAUGAAAGUGUCAACUUUGACCCCUCGACCCCACACAGACCAGCCACCAACUUUCAGGACAGAGUUCAGUGAAGCCAAACAACAGUUGAGAAUUUCUUGAAUCUGGCAUGGUCACGGGGCCAAGCUCCACCUGGCUUUCUGGUCAGCUGCUAGUGACAAGCCAAGAGUUGGAUCUCCCUUACAGACUGUGAGCCUCCAAAGGCUAGGACCAUGUGCUGGAGUCCUCUUCUGAACAGAUGCAAUGGAACCCUUUCCUCAGCCACGCCCUGCUGCAGAUAGGACUGACUGUCUGCUUAAGAAGCCCAAAUGUGCAUGUUGCUGUCUUUGGAUUUCCUGGUAUCCUGAUGAAGGAAGCAGGGAAGUCUCCCUUCCCUGUGUGACAGAGGGAAACUGAGGCCCAGAGGGGAAAGGAGACCAUCUGCCUACAUGCACUUGGGUUGAACCCAUCAAUAAAGCCACUGAGCCGAAGGAAA